UGCGUGGGAAAUCUAAACCGUGGAAUUUCUUCAGACAUUUAUUGAUACUCUAAUUGUAUGAUCAUAUUGAAUAAUUAAUAUUAACCGAAUAUGUGACAAUUUUGACAUCGAGUAGAAACAUGUCUUUGCUGUAUUCGACUAUUUUUUUUUGACAUGACAAUUUUUGAAAAUGUCAAAAGUUCAUCUGACAGUAUCGUGACGGGUAUCUUUGGUCAUGCAAAAAUUUUCUAUGUAGAAAAAGGCGAAGUAUGUUUGUUUGAAAUUAGAUUUCGGUUUUUUUUUAAUGAACGAAACAAGUUUAUGUGCAAUAUGAACGGAAAUACAGAAACGGAAGCUGUUGAUACUCUUGAGGAAAUAUAUGCAUGGAUAGAUCAAAUUCAAUUUUCAAGACCAAAGAAAAAUAUUGCUAGAGAUUUUUCUGAUGCUGUGCUUAUGGCGGAAUUACUGAAGAAAUAUUAUCCUCGCAACGUAGAUGUGCACAAUUAUGUUUCUGGUAGUAGUAUUGCAAAGAAAGUUGAUAACUGGUGCACGCUCAAUCGAAAAGUUUUAUCUAAACUGGAUAUGAAGCUUGGAAAAGAAGAGAUUGAUCAGUUGUCCAAUUCGCAGCAUGGUGCUAUAGAGAAGGUAUUAAUGGACUUACGUACAAAGAUACUUAAAGAUAGUAAUGCCGAUAGAGAUUCCUUAUACUUUGGCUACGAAGAAAAUGGUAAGGGUGAGACGGUAAGGUCUUUGCUGAAUUCUGAAGAGGUAACGAACAAGACUGUACCACGACGUGUUUUUGUUCGUUUGAAGGAGGAACUUGAAGAGAAGAAUAAAGCCAUAGAAAAUCUGAAUUAUAAAGUUUCACACCUUGAAAGUGUAAUGAAACUAAAAGAUCAGAGAAUUGCAGAUCUUACUACUCAAAUUAUAAAGCCUCAAGAUAAUACUGCUGUUCCUAAAGUACAUGCUUCAGCUAAAAGCAUAUCCAAAUAUCAGACAAGCAAACCUUGAAAUAUGAGCACAAUCACACACAAACAUGAAAUAGUUUUU